UAUAAUAGGUAUAAAGCGGUUAGAUAGAGCACUUUUUAGGCUUAGUCGUGUUGCAAUUCUUGACCUAAACGGAACGAACUCCGAUACGAUCAGAACGGUUGGUAGUGGAACGUGUGUAAUGGUUAGAACGUGAACGUGAAGAUACGUGAUAGGGGAAAUACUCAGAGCUACUGAAAAGCGAUCUUGAAGAGCAGUGAAUUUUGGGAUACAUUUUAAUUGAACGACCUUGAACCAAGCAAAAUGUCUCCAUCGAUCAAGAACAUCCCACGUCGCCAGGCCAUUCCGAUCCUGUAUACCCGCGGAACCCAUUAUGAUGUUGGAUACGAUGUGGGUCGAACGUUUGCUGCGCUCAUCAAAAACUUCCUGCAGUUAUCCGGACCGUUGAACGACACCUAUCUGCCGCUGUACAACACCGACGAGGGCAGAAAAGUCUACAAUGAAACUCUCGACUCGGUGAAGAAAUCGUUCCCACAGUACGUCCGAGAACUGGAAGGCACGGCAGAUGGCGCACAAGUGGAAUUUCAUAAGCUGUUCCUACUACACAUGGACGAGAUCCUACCGGUAGCCGUUGAAGGUAAAAACAGCAUCAAUCAGCCGAUCGGGUGCUCGACUGUUUGCGUCAAUGAACCAGAUUGUGAGAUCCUAGCCCAUACUGAAGAUGCCCUGAGUGAGGUACUGAAUCACUACUACUUCGUUUCGGCUCAUAUCGUAUCGGACUCUCCGCAGGGUAAGUACAACGUAACCGAGGAACGCUUCACGUCCCUCUGCUAUGCAGGCCAUCUACCGGGAUACACCAUGAACUAUAACUACCAUGGAUUGGUGUUUUCGAUCAACACUCUCAGCGCCAGCAAGCUUUAUAGUGGAAAAACUCCUCGGCACUUUAUUACUCGUGCUUUGCUUUCGGCUGAGAACUUCGUGCAAGCGCAACAAAUUCUCCGAGAUAAUGGAGUCGGUGCUGCAGAUGGCUGCUCUGUUAAUAUGACGUUCUUGAACCAAGAUGGUGACCGGAUGUUCCAUAAUGCUGAAAUGGGCCCAGCCGAGCGAGAUCAGUCCCAGUUGAACAUUCUCACUGCCAGUCCCGGGGAGCAUAUCGUGCAUGCCAACAUGUACCUCCGGUUGCCAGUACCGGAGGUGCACGGGCUGAUCAUAGACUCCAGCGUGGAGCGAAUGAAAACGUUCAAGUCGUUCCACGCGCCGAAAACGCUCAACGAUGUGAUCCGUAUGUUGGGUGAUCAGAGCGCCAGGGAGCAUACCGUUUUCCGCGAGAAGGACGCCAAGGAUAUUAUCAAGACAGUUUGCGUGGGAAUCUUUGACUGUCGCAAGCGGACCUGGUCGUUGUAUUCGGACAACCCGAAGUUCAAUGCUCCGCUAGUUGUGAUGCCACUGGUGAUUAAGGACUAAGCGUUUACUAUAAUAUGCAUUGAAUAACGAUUAGGAUGAGAUUGUUCUAAUUUACAUUCAAUGUUUCAUGGUGCAAUAUUUAAAAGUAUAACUGUUCAUCAACGCAUUUUUAAGCGCGGCUCUGUUUGCUUAAAACUAAUUAUCAAGUGGUUAAUUUUAUAUCAAUCGUUAUAUUUAUAAAUAGAUGAUGUUAAGCUUUA